GGUUUGAUUGUGGUUUGAGGAUGUCGAACUUGUACGGAGAUUAUAACCAGAAGAUCGACUACGUGUUCAAGGUGGUGUUGAUCGGAGACUCGGCCGUGGGAAAGACCCAGCUGCUGGCUCGUUUUGCCAGGAACGAGUUUAGUGUGGAUUCUAAGGCCACUAUUGGUGUCGAGUUCCGGACGAAGACACUCGUCAUCGAUAACAAGACCGUCAAGGCGCAGAUAUGGGACACUGCUGGCCAAGAGAGGUACAGAGCAGUUACAAGUGCAUACUACCGAGGUGCAGUUGGGGCUAUGUUAGUAUAUGACAUGACUAAGCGUCAAUCAUUUGACCACAUGGCAAGAUGGUUGGAGGAACUGAGGGGGCAGGCUGAUAAGAACAUCAUUAUUAUGCUCAUCGGCAACAAGUGUGAUUUGGGCAGUCUUCGAGCAGUGCCAACUGAGGAUGCCCAGGAGUUUGCUCAAAGAGAGAAUUUAUUCUUUAUGGAGACAUCAGCUCUGGAGGCCACUAAUGUUGAAACUGCAUUUUUUACUAUUCUAACAGAGAUAUACCGAAUCAUCAGUAAAAAGAUCCUUGCUGCCAAUGAUGACGUAGAUUCCAAUGGGGUUUCAGGGCUUCUCAAGGGAACCAAGAUCAUAGUUCCUAACCAAGAUCAGGACUCUAGUAGGAAGGGCUGCUGCUUUUCCUCCUAAUUUAGCUUUUACUUCUUUGUCAUUAUUUAUUUGUUGCUUUAUUUAUUUGAUAUAUUUUCAUUUAGGAUACAUUUAUUUCAACAAAAGUACCAAUUUUGUAGGAAGACAAUAUCCAUGUUGUUGGGUGAGUACAUCAGUUAAACUGAUGUCUAUCUGUAUGUUAU